CGCAUCUCCUGUCUGGAUCCUGUUUUGGACCCCUCUCUCAGAGAACCGUGGGAAUUCUCCAACUUGAAGCAAAAAAAAAACAAACUUGUGUGCAGCUGUUGGAGCUCAUCAGGCGUGACAGUUCAGCAGUCGUUUCACUGAGAACAUGAGCAGCUCUUUGGAGAGGGUUGUUGCCCAGAAGAAGGAGGCCAUCGAGGCAGUGAUGGACAUGUUUGAGAGGGGGGCCGAGGUGUUGGCCAGCGCUGUGGGCGAGCUGUUUCCGCUGUGCGAGGCCGCCGCUCCGGUUCUGCGACUGGCCUUAGACAACGUCCAGAGCAAAGAGGUCUUCUACGUCAAAGAGCAGUUCCUAACGGUGAGGAACAAACUGGAUGUGCUCUCCAGCCAACUGGAUGACAUCGACUGCGAGAUCAAGAAGGGCAGGCUGGAUUCCCAGUACUUCUCUGUCGAGGAGAACAUCAGGAAUCAGUUCAGAAAGUACAUGGACAUCCUGGAUGCAAAACCGCAGUUCAAGGAGGUGAAAACGAGGCUUUUUUUGGAGCACUUUGCAAAAACCGGAGGGGAGAAGAACCUGUUUGUGCUUUAUGAUGCUCUGAUGGGGACUAACAGCUUUGGAGAGUCAGUUUUAGAGCUGGUAGAAAGGUAUGUGGCGAGGAACCGCCGCCUCCUGGAAGAUUUCUGUGUCCGGAUGAAGGAGCUCUUCUGCUUGGGUCUGAUUGCUCUGCUGGGCCACUGUGCUUUAACCCAGGGCCAAGAGGAAGAACAGGACAAAAUCCAAGAGUGGAGCAGCAAAAUUGAAGAGGUAGAGUCCAGGAUGAAGGCCACCAUUGAGUCCUGUGUUGCUGCCUUCCCAGAGCAAGCGAAAUUAGAUGCCCAGCGCCUCCUGCAAGAAACAGAUGGAGAAACCCUGCAGGAUACAACUCGGCAGCUUUUGGAGUUCUUGGUGAAAAAGUUCGACUGGGUGCACUGGUCCGUGCGUCUCAUCAACCACUCCGGCAGCACCUACCGCAACUGGCGAGCAGGGGAACAUUUCCACCAUGUGGCAGGACAGAACUGGUUCGAGGUGCUGCAGGUGAACAACAUCAACCUGGUGGUGUCGUACAGCACCAAACCACAGCCGGUGCCCCGCGACUGCAUCCGGCAGGCGAUGGAGGGCCAGGGAAAGAAGGGAAACGCCCCAGCAGUGGUGGAGGUGCUGGAGAAGCAGCUGUGCGGGUUUGUUGUCCACGCAGUGAGUCGCCACAAGGAGUCUGCGGCUGCCUGGAGCUUUCCGGACGACUGCCAUUACUGGGAGAGGCACAAGAAUGUGGCUGUGUGUGUGCACUCAGAGUGAAGCUGACACAUGCACCGGGUUUUUGGGUUUUACAGUAGAAAGAUGCAUUUUAACGGAGAUGCUCUUGAUUUGUGUGGCUGUGUAUAACUUUAUUGUAAACUGAAAAUACUGAACCUCAUAAACAUGGGAUGCUCUGAUCUGAUGUGCUGCACUGAUUGGAGGUCUAUACCAUGAAGCAGGAUUUAAAGUUAGCAAGGUAACUUCAAGUUUAACUGGGUUUUGUUAAAUUAUACAUAAUAAUGUAUUAAAAUAACAAUUAAAAAGUAAUAAUUUACGUGUUAAUCGUACCAUUACAAAAAAUGGCCAAAACAUUCCUCACUGCCUGGGAAUUUAAGGUUGCACACAUCACACCCUUGACAUUGAUAAAUAUGAGAUUGAAUGUGAGAAAAGCUUAUCAUAUGACUCAGAACUCUGGCUGGAAAGUCAAUUUAGAGAAGCAAAAAGUGCAGUAUUUUUCCUCUGACACAUGAAUUGUAAAAGGACAAAAUACUUGAGAAAAUAAAAUAAAUGUACUCAGGUGCUUUGCAUCACUGUUUUUAGUUAUGUUUUCAUGUCACACACUCAAGAUGGACUUCCACUGGAUCCAUCCGCAUCAGAACAGAAACGAUCAGAUCAGUGCAUCCUAUCAGAGAGAAUUACUAUCUGUCAGGGUGUUUCAGCUCUUUCUAUAGUACAUAUUUGAAAUACAGAGUUGCAGCCGUUUAAAUAUUAACCACUAAAUAUCUAUUUGAAAUUUCUGUCUCACUAACAGUUUACUUUAGAUGAUUUCACCUCAGCAGCAUACAGUGAUAAUCCAGUCUCCCUUAAGAAGUGUUUUCUGCAGAGAAGGUUUCUGCUGAGGCUGCAUCCACAGCGCUCUGCUCCCAUUUUGUCUCUGCUCAGCAGGCUGGCCUACAUAACUCUGACAGGGAGCCGAGAGGUGACUUUUUCAGGCGUGAAAAACAGGAGGCUUGGAGUUUGGCACCAGAGACGCGACAAUGUGCCUUGUGUUCUAAACACAGUCCUCAAUGCUGAACCGAAACCAGCGUUGACCAGUCUGUGCCUGCAAUUAUGUAAGGAUCUGUGUUCACUGCUUCACUAUUCUGGUGAUAAGUGAUCAUUUUUGUGUUUUGCGCUUCUUAAACCAGAUGUGAUUAACUCUAUUUCUUAUGGUUUAUGUAUAUUUCUCUGCCUUUGUUGGUGCCAUUUUUUUUGUCUGUUAUGAAAUUGUGGUUCACGCUAAGUGUUGAUAUUAUUUCAAACAAACUAAUCUGAAUUUGAAUUUAAAAAGUAUCAACAAAUUUGAGGUAUUUCUCAAGUUAAAGUAUCCAUUUAAAACUUGAGAGCUGAACAAGUUCACACAUUGCUGAUUAAAGAGCCCAUAUUCUGCUUUUUUGGGGUUUCUCCCUUUCAUUCAGUGUUUUAUUUAUGUAAUGGCAUUUUUAAGUAAAAAGUCUGCUAAAUUAAAAAGUCCACGCCAAAGGGAGUUAUUUACCUCCACAAAAAAAUCUGCUCUUUAUUUACCCGAAACAUCUCGUUUCUUACAUUUCUUAUCGAUGUCAUCAUGUUACACAUUUGCAUAACUCCUGCCCAGCUGCUAGUUUGGUUAAAGAAUAAGCAGCUUCUUCUCAUUUCUUCACUGGAGCCAUUUCUUCUAGAGCUACAUCCCAGUUAUCAGAAAUAUGGGGGUCACUAGCCAAUGUUACUUUUCUUUUGUCGGACCAGCCGACCAAUCAGAGCAGACUGGGCUUUUCAGGAGUUUGGAUUUAAAAAGACAGGAGCUAAAAACGGAGCAGUUCAGACAGAGGUGCUGCAGCAAUGUACAGUAUGAAAAAAAUAAUGAACAUUAAAGCAUGUAAACAUAUUCUAGUUGACCACACAAGUAUAUCUUUAAACCUGGAAAUAUGCAGAAUAUGGGCUCUUUAAGUUGAUAAUUUCCAGCUAAACCUCCCUGUAUUUCACAGUAUACUGGACUUGUAAAUCUGCUGUCUAUAACAAUAACAACAGAGGAGCCUACAGCAACUAGGAGUACAGUGAAGCCUAUAGAUGGAAAACUUACAAAGCACUAGAGAAAAUAAACUCCACAUUAUAGGUUUGAACCCCUAUUAUACUCAACUAAUUAUAUAAAGUAGCAAAAUUGGUAUUUAUGCACAUCAAAAUGUAUCACACUUCAUUAAACGACAUCAGCUUCAAUGUUCACACCAAAGAAUCUCAAUAAAAUCAGUGCAUGAUCAA